CUUGCAACAGGUGCUGUGUACAUUGUGGAUGAGGUCGUAGAAUCGCAGUUAUUGACAGUUGGUUUGACGCACUAGCGACGUGAAGUGUUAACAUAGUUUAUACUUUGACGUCGGUGACGUGUAAACAAGCGGAAUGUCCACAGAAGACAAAAGACUAGACCUGGUUGUAUUUGGUGCCAGUGGAUUUACGGGAAAAUAUGCUGCUGAGGAAGCUUUCAGAUUAUCAAAAGACAAGAAUUUUACAUGGGGAGUUGCUGGAAGGAGUGCGGCAAAACUACAGCAAGUUUUAAAAGAUAUCAGUAAAAAGACAGGUGCAGACUUAUCAGAAGUCCCAGUCAUAGAAGCAGAUGUGAAGGAUUUUGAGUCUCUGCUUCGUCUAGCCUCAAAAGCUCAUGUGAUCGUGAACUGUGUGGGCCCUUACAGAUUCUAUGGUGAACCAGUUGUGAAAGCUUGUAUUGAAAGUGGAGCACAUCAGGUUGAUGUUACAGGUGAACCUCAGUAUAUGGAGAGAAUGCAGCUUGACUACAACAAGUCUGCGCAAGAGAAAGGUGUUUACAUUGUAAGUGCUUGUGGUUUUGAUAGCAUUCCAGCAGACAUGGGUGUCGUAUUUUUGCAAGAUAAAUUUGGAGGUGAUGUCAACUCUGUGGAAGCAUACCUAGAGUCUAAACUUGAUUGUGCUCCAAAGGGAGCUUCAAUUCACUAUACUACAUGGGAAUCAGCUGUUCAUGGAGUAGCCAAUUAUGGAGAACUUCGACCUCUACGGCAGAAGCUUUUUCCUAACAGAUUACCACGGUUCUCUCCAAGAAUGAAACGCCGGGUACUGCCACACAAACAGACUGGUAUCAAUGGUUGGUGCUUACCGUUUCCUGGAAGUGAUCGCACUGUUGUCUACCGUUCUCAGAGACAUUUUUAUGAGCAUGAUAAGAAACGUCCCAUACAGUUUGAAGCAUAUGCUGUAUUUCCAUCAUUAAUAGUUUCAUUUCUUGUGAUAAUGGUGGCUUUCGUAUUUGGUAUUUUGACCAGAUUCAAGCUUGGUGUCAAAUUACUGCUUGAUUACCCAAAGGUAUUUUCGUGUGGUUUUGUAAGUCAUGAAGGCCCAACUGAAGAGAUGAUGAAAAAUACUCAUUUCAAAUUUACACUUUUUGCUGAAGGAUGGAAGGAAAAAUUAUCGGAGCCAACAGAUCAACAUGCAACGCCUAUGAAUAAGAAAGUAACUGCCCAGAUUAAAGGGCAAAAUCCAGGCUAUGGAGCCACGUGUACUGCACUUAUUCUUUCAGCAGUAACUAUUAUUAAAGAACAUGAUAAAAUGCCUUUCAGUGGUGGUGUGUUUACUCCAGGUGCUGCAUUUGCAAAGACUUCAUUAAUAGAAGAACUGAAUAAACAUGGCGUCUCAUUCGAAAUAACUUCAACAGAAGAGAAGUGAAGUUCAUUUAUAUAUAUAUAUAUAUAUCUUCUUAUUUGGAAUUUGUAUGCAUUUAUCAAUUUUUUACGGAUGUUGUCGUCAAGGGAGGGUGCAGAAGCUUAGCAUUUUGUCUAAGGAAGCUGAGAGCUAUUAUAUUCACAUAGAUAAUUCUUAUAUUUUGUACUGCUUGUAGUUGAGCUCUAUUAAUAAAUAUUUCUGUGAUAAA